UGGAAGGUGGUUUCGGGAGGAAGUGCUGUGACGGUUGACGGGCUAGCAGUGAAGAAACGCUGAGAGUAGAAAAACCCAAAGGCACCCGGACGCACUCACUCGAAUGGUAUUUUGUCUCCUGCCAUUGAAAGAUGUCAUUCACUGAUGACCUUCCUGACAUGGAGGGAGCAGACCUGUUAGGGUUGCUGUUCCACUGUGAAGAGGAUGGGUCUACUCGGCCCCUCUUUCCUGAUGAGAAUGGCCUCAUCGAAUCCUGGCUGUCCGAACAGGAUAUGCUGACAGGCAUGGAUACUGAAGAUUUUCUGUCCAGCCUGUUAGAGGGUGAGGACAACAUGGAGGCUAUCUGUCCCUCUCGUUCUCCUAUGGGCAGCGACAGUGGUAUAUCUGACGACAGCAGCACUGGGGUUGGAAACCACAACCUUCUGGGAUGCCCGAGUCCCCAGGGCAGUGACAGUGACAGUCCCAGUUACUCCCAGCCCAGUCCGGUGCACUCUGACCUUGCCCUGCCCCCCGAAGAGGUGCAGACAGAGAGCCUGGAGGCUUUAACAGUCCAGGCUGAUCACUGCUACUCUCUGCUGCAGAGCAGAGGCCAAGACAUGGAUGUCCUGCAGAGUGUGAGGGCAGAGAAGCCAGAUACAGAUGUCUUCAUUGACCUGGAUGACUUGGUGAGUGAGGCAAUGGAAGAGGACAUCACGACAGAGCUGCCCUGCACUUUGGCAAUCGAAGAUUCAACUGAACCCAACAAAACCAACCAGUUCCAGUUCAAAGAGAUUGUCCUCACUGAGGAGGAGAAGCGGCUUUUGUCAAAAGAGGGAGCAACUAUCCCCACACACAUGCCUCUCACAAAGGCAGAGGAGAGGACACUGAAGAGGAUCAGGAGGAAGAUUCGCAACAAGCAGUCUGCUCAGGAGAGCCGCAAGAAGAAGAAGGUGUAUGUUGAUGGACUGGAAAACAGGGUUGCCAUCUGUACUGCACACAACCUGGAGCUACAGAAGAAAGUCCAAAUGCUUCAGAAACAGAACAUAUCUUUGAUAGAGCAGCUGAGGAAACUGCAGGCUAUGGUGAAGAUGUCCACCAUGAAGGCCAGCACAACCAGCACUUGUGUUAUGGUGUUCCUGCUCUCUUUCUGUCUCAUCAUCUUCCCGUCAGUCAAUCCAUUUGGCAGAAACGCAGAACAGAAGGAGCUCUACACACCUUCCUCUAUCAUUUCCCGGACCUUGCGCUCUGUGCCGCUAGAAAGCGCUGAUGCCGUCUCCUACCUUGAGUCUGACGAGGACGAGAUUGUGUUAGUGCCCCAAGCAAAGCUGGAUAACACUGAAGCCAUCUUCGCCAGUGGUCAGAAGAAUCACACCCCCGACUACCAGAGGGUGGAGCAGCCUGACUCGGAAACUGGAGUCAACAGCAACUCCUCGGCGGACUUCCCCAGUCCCACUCAGCCUAAGGAGAUGACACCGGGGCCAGCUGGGCCCUUACAGGAAGCGUCCGCUGUGGCAUAUGAGGUCACAGGAUCCAAGGAUAACUGGAUAGACCGGAACCCUCCGUCUGUCAUAUUGCAACAGCACCGCUCAGAUGAGAUGUAGUAGGAAGAUGUUGACAAUACAACCAGCAGAGGGAGCCAUAUUCUUAAUGUUUUAGCUAGCAGAGGGAAGCUUAAGCUUACAUGAGGAGGAAGGGAUGAUUCCAGUAAUUAUCAAGAUAUAUGAUCAGUCUUUCUGUCCCCCCCAACAGCCCUCUGAUGUACUACUACCCCCUGAGGUACUACUAUUAUUACUUUAUUUGCACUUUGUUCUUAUUUUCUUGUUCCAGUGGACAAAGAAAGAUUUCCAUAUCUUAGCAGUGCAAACUACCUGAUAAAUGGGACACUGAUAAUAAAUAUGCUUGCACUGCUGGAAGAUGGAUGCUAUUUAGCACUGAGGGCUCUCAUGGAGCUAAUGACCAAAUUUUGCAAAUCUGUGGGCACCACUACAGGAAAAUUUGUAACGGCAGUAAAUUACUUCAGGGGAAGUAUUACUUAAUUGCAUUAUUGUUUAUCGGCAAAUUCUAGGGAAUGAAUUGUGUUACGUUAAUCCCCCCCCAGUAAAUUAUUGUGAAAAAGUAGUCUAUAGCAAACUAGCCAGAAACAUCCAUUGCAUCGUAGAAGAUAGUCUGCUUGUUUCUCAUAAAGCUUGAACAAAGUGGUUGACCACCGUAACGCUUGAGCCAUUGCAGGACAUUUGGCCAUUUAGAAGACUUGUAAAGUUUGUCAGUAAUUCCCUUGUAACAAGGGUGUCCAUCCUUCUUUUUAAUUUUGGAAUGCUUUGUUUUUACUUUGUACAGUAAGGCAAGAAAAAAAAGUCUGCAAAAAAUAUAGAACAAAACACAGUCGGUCAUUGUUAAUCAGCCACUGUCUACCCCUUAAUCUCCAACUCCAACUAUGACUUCAAUGGACAGCUCAUGUGUGCACAGAGUAAGGGGUUUGAUAUAUUUGCUCAGUAAAUCGUGUUACAGGAAAAUGUAACCAAAAAUGUAAUGACCUGUUUUGUCAGUGAUGCAUUUUUGUUUUGUUUUUUUUGUGUAUUUUUUAUGUUACUGGUAGUAGUAAAUGAGAUCUAAAUGGUAUUGGAACUGCGUUUUGUUAUAAUCAACAGUCAAUGAGAAUUUAAAUGUUGAUCGUGUUGAACAAAUGCACUGACGGACGACAUAGUGCAAGAAGGGAAUGUAAAUACGCUUUAAUGAUUGUAUGCUCUUCUGUACAGUUGAACUCAUUAUGUAUAAGACAUGUCUGGACCUCUAUAAUAAUAAACUUUUUAUAAAAUCAGAA